AGAUCCCUGCUUCUUCAGUGUAGGUUCUCUUCCCAGAUCUCCUUCUUUGACCACCAGCUCAUCCAUUGUGGUUGCAUGUUGGUGGGGUUUUUCUUGGUUGCAGGAUUCAAAGGAGAGAGACUUCCAUUGAGCUCUGGGGUGGGGUUGUGUUCUUUGUGGGUAAUGGAGGGUAAUGAUGACCUAAACUUGAAGGCCAUUAAUGCGUCGGUUGGAAGAUUAGUCUGGGUUCGCCUCCGUAACGCCUCAUGGUGGCCCGCACAAACUCUGCUUCUUGAGGAACUUCCUGAAACCUCUCUGCUUACUCCACAAGUAGGCACUCCUAUAAAGCUUCUAGGUCGUGACGACGUUAACGUGGAGUGGUAUGUCCUUGAAAAGUCCAAGAGCGUCAAGGCCUUUCGUUGUGGAGAGUAUGAUGCUCACAUUGAGAAAGCAAAGGCUGUUGCUGCUGCAAAGGCUACUAAGAAGAAGACUGCCAAGCUUACUCGCCGAGAAAACGCCAUCAACAUUGCUCUCCAGAUUGAGAAUGCACAUCUCUGUAGCUCUGAAGAAGAUGGAUUGGAUUCAGCUCCCGACCCCACUAUGUCUUUCCAAGAAACGUUGCUGAAGGUGCAGCCAAAGAGAAGAAGAAGAACACCGAAUGACUCAGAAGAUGAUGGGACUGAAGGAAUCAAGCGAAUGAGAGGGCUUGAGGAUAUUGGCAAAGAACAUGAUGUCGGUGCUAUUGUCGUUUGCAGGCAACUAGUGGGUUGUGAUUCAGUCUCCAAUGGAGGAGACAAGGCAUGCUCCCCGUUGUCACUGAAAAGAAAAAGAUCACAAGUAGUCAUAAAUGCUAAUGACUGCUCUAAAAGAAAAACCCGACGCAGGCAACUGACUAAGGUGCUAGAGAGCACGACUAUAGUCUGUGUCCCUGACACCUCUGGAAUGGAGCCUGUGGAAUCCAGGAAAAGUGUCUCUGUCGUUAUCAACAAUAGUUCAGACAGCACCGGGGUUUCAUGCGAGAAUGUUGUUGGAGCCAAGGCAAAAGACAGUGACAUUUCCAGCUUAUCAGUCUCUGCGGAGGAUGAUCCUUCUUACCAACUACAUGAUGUUCCACUGACCGGAAAGGCAGUUAAUGGAUCUGCUUGUAGUACAAAUCCACCAGAUAAACAGCUUGUCAUCUGUGAUUUGAACAGGAUUGAGAAGAGCACUUCUGAGUGGCAACUUAAAGGGAAGAGGAACUCAAGGCAGAUGAGCAAGAAACAAGAAGCAAGAAGAUUUGUGUACGGCGAAGAAGCUAAUAACAGCAGUCCUUUGCCUCUUCCUGCGCUGUUCGAAGUGAAGAUUGAGGUGAAAGCCAGCUCUAACAAACCCCGUGUUCCUCUGGUUUCUCGAAUGAGUGAGUUGAAUGGGAAAGCUAUUGUCGGGCAUCCUGUAAGUGUUGAGGCCUUGAAAGAAGAAGGAUAUUGCAAUGGUACGGUGAUGUCUCAAGAUGUUGUGAAGGCGAAGCCAUUAUUGUCCGAAAAGAAGAGCAAGAAGAGGAAAUCACAGGGCGCUUUUGGAAAGUCAAAGAAGAAAUCGUCUUCUUCUUUGGUAUCGAUAAAGACAAGGCGGCUCUCUACUCUAACGAGCCAGAAGCUGACGGGAAGAAGCAAGAUGCAGACAACAGGAAAGGCAAAGGAAACGGUUGUAGCUUGUAUACCGCUGAAAGUGGUCUUCAGUAGGAUAAACCAAGUGUUGAAAGGCUCAGCGAGACAAACGCAACACCGACCAUUGCCAUCUGCAGUCAAAACAUGAGAUAAUUUUUUAGGAGAAGUCAUCACUGAUGGGUUUUGGGUACAAAGACUGAGACCUUUUUUUGAGUCAUGCAGAGACAUAGAAACAAAAGAGAAGUUGCAAGUGAGCAAAUGUAUAUAUAGCAGUAGUUAGUCGUUGAGGUGUAAAACUGAAGGGUUUAGAUUAGUGAGAUGAGAAAGUUGCUUGUUUACUCAUUGUUUGUUUUUGAAUUCUCAAGUUCUUGUUUUUGUGUUUGUCAUUUGAGUCUCAGUUCCUUCAUACAUUUUGGUUUAACUCUUUAAGAGAGAACAAAAAGAUUAAA